UGCGUCACAGGUCACGUCCACAGCGGCGUUACAGUCAGGUUGACCAUAGAUUCUCAAAAUGGAUCCAGAUUAUGCAGAACAAACUUCACAAUAAAAAGAGAGUUCCUGCACGUCAGAGAGGAUGUUCCCCGGCCUGGCCCACAGACCAUGGCACGUCUUCUUCAGGGUCUCCUUGCAGGGCAGGGCUCCCUUCUCCCAGAGGUCUCCCAGGCUCCCCCAGCUGUGCACCGGAGGCGUGAAUGGCUUGUGGUUCAGCCUUCCAGACUGCCGUGUUGCCUCUUCAGGGCUGCUGGGUAAAGUGCAGUACUACUCUACCUCUGGCAGCAGUGAUGAUGGUCCCCCAAAACCAGCACCUGGUGAUGCUCCAUCAGCAGAAAACGUCCUGUCUGCUGCAGCAAAAGCCACCCCAGCUACAGCAGCACCGGGAAAUGUUGCUGGUCCAUUAUCUCAGGGGCUGACAAAAGCUGAGACAAUCCAAGUGAAAGUUCGGGCAGUCCUGAAGAAAAGGGAAUAUGGAGCCAAGUACACUCAGAACAACUUUAUCACAGCAGUCAGAGCCAUGAACGAGUUCUGCCUCAAACCAAGUGAUCUGGAAAAUCUUCGAAAGAUCAGAAGACGCAGCCCCCACGACGACACAGAGGCGUUCACUGUCUUUCUGCGGUCAGACGUGGAGGCCAAAGCGCUGGAGGUUUGGGGAAGCCAAGAGGCUCUAGCCCGAGAGAGAAAUCUCAGGAAAGAAGUGGAGAGAGAGUACCAAGAGAAUAUUUUUCGUAAUCAACAGCUGUUGAAGGAAUACAAAGACUUUUGGGGAAACACUAAGCCCCGAUCAGGCCCGAGGGCGACUUUCCUACAAGGGCCGGGGAAGGUGGUCAUGGUCGCUAUUUGCAUCAACGGGCUGAAUUUCUUCUUCAAGCUCCUGGCUUGGGUCUACACUGGAUCAGCCAGCAUGUUCUCCGAGGCCAUCCACUCUCUGGCCGACACCUGCAACCAGGCCCUCCUCGCCCUGGGAAUCAGCCAGUCUGUCCGCAACCCUGACGCCGGCCACCCGUACGGCUUCACCAACAUGCGCUACAUCGCCUCCCUCAUCAGUGGAGUGGGUAUCUUUAUGAUGGGAGCAGGCCUCUCCUGGUACCAUGGCAUCAUGGGAUUGCUGCACCCAGCGCCCAUGGAGUCUUUGUUAUGGGCUUACUGUAUUUUGGCGGGCUCUCUGGUGUCUGAAGGAGCCACGUUACUAGUAGCUGUCAAUGAGAUAAAGAGGAGCGCCCAACUACAUGAAGUAUCAUUUUAUGAAUAUGUAAUGCAGAGUCGCGACCCCAGUACCAACGUGGUGCUGCUGGAGGACGCUGCCGCUGUGUUAGGAGUCAUCAUGGCUGCCGGCUGCAUGGGGCUCACCUCACUCACAGGUAACCCUUACUACGACAGCCUGGGCUCUCUCGGCGUGGGCACAUUGCUGGGCUCCGUCUCCGCCUUCCUCAUCUACACUAACACGGAGGCUCUGCUGGGUCGCUCCAUACAGCCCGAGCGUGUACAGAAGCUCACCGAGUUCCUGGAGAACGACCCUGCAGUGAGGGCCAUCCACGAUGUGAAGGCCACUGAUCUGGGAAUGAGCAAAGUGCGCUUCAAGGCUGAGGUUGACUUUGAUGGCCGAGUGGUGACACGGUCGUAUCUGGAAAAACAAGACAUUGACCAAAUCCUCAAUGAAAUCCAGCUGGUGAAGACCCCCGAGGAGCUGGAGAGCUUCAUGCUGAAACACGGGGAGAACAUCAUAGACACUCUGGGGGCCGAGGUGGACCGCUUGGAGAAAGAACUCAAGCAUCGUAACCCGGAGGUUCGUCAUGUAGACUUGGAGAUACUAUAAUGGCGGACGGGUCUCCGCUGAGGGAACAUCCUAGUGUAAAAAGAAGAGGAAAAAAGACGAAGGGAUGGCCAAGCCUGCCUCCGCUAUCUGCCUCCUAUCCUGACCACCAUAAAACAAACCUCAGUCUCCGCACAACUCAUCAAGUCUUACUGUAGAAUAGUCCACAACUGUAGUGGAGGACAGCGUUUGGGCAAAGAUCAUGCUUUCUCUUAUUUGCUUGAACUUCAGUUAGCUGAGAUCCACUUUGACAUUCAAGUGUGAGUGUUUCUGGCUGAAGACUAAGAACUGUCAUUAGUCGCCUGAAAUCGUAAGAGAAAUAUAAACCUCUGGUCACAUA